ACCACCUCGCUCAUCGCCCCGCGCAUUCGAUUGCCGUCCUGUUGUCCACCAUUUCGUCCUACUCUUUUACCGCGACCUACAUCUUCUGUGCAAGCAGAGGAUUCAUGCUUCGACCUCCAAUCACUCAACCGACACACAAAAGACAGCUUCAUCCCAAUUUACUCAGUACUCGUUAAUUAUUGCCCAGUAUGGCUUCCGCUGGUGUUGUUAACAUUCGUCGUGAUGUCGACGACAAGUUCUACCGCUACCGCAUGCCUGUCUUGACCACGAAGAUCGAGGGCAAGGGGAACGGUAUCAAGACAGUCCUCCCGAACAUGUCCGACGUGGCUCGUGCGCUCAGCCGACCCCCCACCUACCCGACCAAGUUCUUCGGUUGUGAACUUGGUGCGCAGACGUCGUUCGACGAGAAGAACGACCGGUACAUAGUCAAUGGGGCGCACGAUGCAACGAAGCUGCGCGAGCUUCUCGACGUCUUCAUCGAGAAGUUCGUGCUGUGCAAGGCGUGCAAGAACCCGGAGACUGAUCUGAUUAUCACCAAGACUGAGGAGAUCAUUCGGGACUGCAAGGCGUGUGGCGAGCGCACCGGCGUUGACAUGCGUCACAAGCUCACGACGUUCAUCGUCAAGAAUCCACCGAAGAACCCGAAGAAGAGCAAGUCGAAGAAGGGGAGCGGCGACAGCCCGACCCCGAACGGCACGCACGCUACGGCGCCUGAGAACGGAGACGUUGAAGAUGACGUUGGGGCCGAGAGCGACGACGAGCUCACGAAGCGCAUCAAGGCGGAUGCGGCCAAGCUCAACGACGAGUCCGCGAUCGCGAAGGAGGACUGGUCGCAGGACACGUCUCCGGAGGCGGUGAAGGCGCGCCUGAAGGCCGUCGAGGCGUCGAUGGCCAGCGUGGCGCUCGCCGUUGGUGGUGACGACGACAGCGAGGAAGACGCGGACAGCCCUUACGCGCAGCUCGGCCACUGGAUUGAGGAGAAUCGUGACGCGGGCGCCGUCGAGAUCUACAAGAAGGCGGACGAGUUCGGUAUCGCGAAGAAACACAACAGUCUUACGGUCAUCGCGCAGACGUUGUUCACUGAGAAUGUUGUUGCUGAGAUUGAGAAGUAUGCACCCCUCUUCGUAAAGAUGGUGACCUCCGAGAAGCACCAGAAGUCUCUUCUGGGCGGUAUCGAGCGCCUUGUUGGCAUCGAGCAUCCGGACCUCAUACCCGUCGUGCCCAAGAUUCUCAUGGCGUUCUACCAGGUCGAUGUCCUGGACGAGGAGGUUGUGAAGCAAUGGGGCACGCACGUGAGCAAGAAGUAUGUAGAUCGCGACACGAGCAAGAAGGUCCGCAAGGCUAGCGAGCCCUUCCUGAAGUGGCUUGAUGAAGCCGACGACAGCGACGAAGAUGAUGAGUAGGCUCGGAGUUGAGCUUCGCCGACAAUUCGCUUGAAUAUCCUGUUUAGCUUUCGCAUACGAGUAUAAGACAUUGUUCCGACCGUAUAUGCGGACAAGGCACAGUGUCCACAUACACCUUUGAUCUUGCAGCCUGUCGGUGUUAGAUCGCGGCUAGGCGAUCGGUUGAGAUCCUGAAUUGCUCUUGUGUUGCAGCUUGACGUCAUUGCUGUACCAAUGCGUGGAUACUCCAAGGCUGCUAAAUAAUGUCUCCUUCGUCUACAGUGCUACGCUCUCCGCUGCAGUGCAUUAGUCUCACUCAGCUUUCACACCCACGUCAUGGACAACAAUCCCCCUUCUGGCUAUCCCACUGCUAUUAGGCACACUCUUGUCGAAGUCUGCGAGAACAUCAUCGAUCAACAACUAUACCUACAUAGGAGCAGUAUGAACAUGUUCGC